AUCUGAAUAAAUCAGUAAUGGCUGAUCAAAACACAGAGUGUUUAGUUCUAUACUCCAACUGGAGGAGCUCAUCUGCGUGGAGAGUCAGAAUUGUGCUGAAUGUGAAGAAUAUCCUUCAUGAUUUGAAAACCAUCAGAAUUGCUAUUGAUGAUGGGGAACAGCUCUCAGCUUCAUUCCUAUCAGUUAAUCCCAUGGGACGAGUUCCUGCUUUGGAAAUUGGAUGCAAUGAUGUCAUUAUUGAGUCUCCUGCAAUUAUGGAAUAUUUGAAUGAGAGAUAUCCGCUGCCACCUUUGCUUCCUGUAGACCUGAUUGAAAGGGCGAAGGUCAGGUCAAUAUGCCAAAUAAUUAUUAGCGACAUUCAGCCUUUGCAAAACUCAACGUCAGUGCUAAGCAAAAUCGAAGAAGAAAAAAGACAGGAUUGGGCUAGGUUUUGGAUAAACAAAGGAUUUACAGCUCUAGAAGUAGUUUUGCGGAAGUUUUCAGGGAGGUAUUGUGUAGGGAACACUGUUACCCUUGCGGACUGCUGUCUUGCGCCUCAAGUGUUCAAUGCAAAGAGUUUCCACGUGGAUCUGGGGCCUUUUCCUAAAAUUCGUCAAAUAUCUCUUGAGCUGGAAAAAAUCCCUGCAUUCCAAAGAGCUCAUCCAUACCUUCAGCCUGAUUGUCCCGAGGACUUAAAAGUAUAAAUUUGUCGAAACAAAUAAACGA